AUGGAGUCUUUCAUCGUUUUCACUACGGCCCUUUUUCUUCUUUUCAUCAUCGAGCCUUUUGCUCGAUACCUCUGGGACCCCCAGAACCUGCGCCGUUUCCCAUCCCACAAUCCUCUCUCCAGUAUCACCAAUCUUGGCUAUAUCAUCGAGCGCUGCCGCGGUUUUCGUUCCAGGAAUCUCCAUGAGGCACACAAAAAGCACAGUGUUGUCCGCAUCGGCCCCAACUCCCUAUCAUUCUCUUCUCCCAAAGCCAUCCGAUCCAUCUAUGGCCACUCCACCAACUGCAUCAAGGGUGAUAUGUACGCUGCCUCUGCUGGUCCACACGACAGUCUUCUAGACGUCAUAGACAAGGAAGCGCAUGCUCGCAAGCGCCGCUACAUGUCUCAUGCACUUGCUACUCGCAAUCUAGAGACAUGGGAACACAAGGUUGCCGACAAGGUUAGGACGCUCGUCCGUCAGUUUGAUCGCAUCUGUGAUGGAGCUGCAUCGGCAACGAACACCAAGACUGGGACCCUGGACUUCCGUAAGUGGACCAAUCUAUUCACUAUCGAGGCCAUCGCAGAUAUUGCUUUGAGUCACAAGCUUGGAUGCCUUGAUCGCGGGGACGAUCAAGUCACAGUCACGACCGCUGAUGGCAAUGAGAAGCGAGUUCACUACAUCAAAUGCCUCCACGCGGGCAAACGUGCAACCUCUACGCUCGUCUGGGCUAAUUCCUGGUUUCGCUUCCUACGAACUGUUCUGACUCUUCUUCCCGGAUGGUUCCGCUCUCAAUGGCUAAAGGGGGCCCAGUUUGACGACAUGGUUCAUCAUCUCACGAGAGUGCGUGUUGAGCGUCACCAAACUGGCGAGACCUUGGAUGACAUCGUCCACUGUCUCAUUGAGGAUAAGAAUGGUGAACUUCGCGGCCUCGAUAUAGGCGAGAUCGAAGCUGAAGUUGGUGUGCUACUUGACGCUGGCUCCGAUACGACCGCGAUCGCCUUGACUCAUGUCAUGCAUAGUCUACUUCGCCACCCUAACGCGCUCCAGCGGUUGCGAGACGAGCUGAAAGAGACACUGGACGUUGAUAACCCGGUUGCCUCGUAUGACCAAGUCAAGAACUUACCAUAUCUACGCGCGUGUCUUGACGAGUCGUUGCGUCUCUUGCCCCCCGUCUCAUUCGGUCUGAAUCGCAAGACUGGCCCUGGAGGCCUAACCAUCGACGGUCAAUGGAUCGACGAGGGCAUCACCGUAGGGGUCCCGGCGUACACGGCUCAUCGCAACCCCCAACUGUUCCCCGAUCCAGAGCGUUACCAUCCCGAGCGAUGGCUGGAGGAGAUGCACAAGGACGCCAAGGCAUCUUUUAUCCCGUUCAGUGCCGGCGCUCGAGGCUGCAUAGGUCGCAACAUCACAUAUAUGGAGCAGAUGAUACUUAUUGCCUCACUUGUUCAGCGCUACGAUUUUGCACUACCCGAUGAUGGCUGGGAGUUGGACCACGAGGAGGCAUUCAACCUCUGGCCAGGACCCAUGCCCUUGAGCAUUUCAAAGAGGUAA